GAAACAAACCCUUAUUUGGCGAAGUUCAACACUCAACACUCAACACUCAACAGUGCCAUUCACACCGAAAUUUCCCAAUUCAAUCCAUCCAAAUGCCAUAUCUCUCCAACAUUGACACCGUACUCAUUGCAUUUUCUUAUUUACUUUUGUUCAUUCCUUAAUAUAAUCACGUUCAACGUCAUAAGUAAUCAUCUUCAGAACUUUAACCAAAUUUCUUUUUACCAAAUUAGUGUAAUUGAUUUUUAAUUUAGUGGAGUGGUGUAAGUUUUGAUUAUUAUUUUUUUUUGGUCAAAUUGGAGUAAGUCGUGAUUGUAGGGAGUGAGUUAUGACGGUGCCAUGUGUUUCAGUGUUCUCUCCAUGUAUAUUCUUUGUUUUUUUCUUAAAGGUGCCAUGUUCUCAACUCUCUAUAAACCUUGUAUUUUUUGCCACUCUCAUUCACCUAUAUAUUGGCUUCCAUUUAGCACAUACCUUGAGUUUUGAAUUUCUCUAAAACUUCAAAUUUGCCUCUUUUUUUCUGGUUUGGAUUUGGUGUUUUGAUGAUCAUGGGGUGGUACAGAAGGGGAAAGUUUGCACUUGAUCAUUUUCGCAGCGUGGCUUCAAGGGUUGUGCCAAAAAAUCAAAAUUUUCAGCGUAGUUGGAGGAAUUGUCAAUCUGGGUAUUUGGAUUCAGCUUCAAAAGGAGCUGGCUUUAAUGGGUUUUUUUUGUUUUGUUCAAUUUAUCCGAGGCUAAGAACACAAGGUGUUGUCGAAAUUAAUACGAGCUUUCACAAUCCGUUUCUUUUGGGGGCUAAGAGAUUUUACCAUGUUGAUCCUUACAAUGUGCAUCAUUUCAGGCCAAGGGGGCCAAGACGUUGGUUUCAGAAUCCUAAACACUUUUUUGUUGUUGUGAUGGUUGGUUCAGGGGUUUUAAUCACUCUGUAUUUUGGGAACUUGGAAACAGUUCCUUACACCAAGCGAAAGCGUAUGAUUCUGUUGUCAAAAGCCAUGGAGAGGAGGGUUGGGGAGAGCCAGUUUGAACAGAUGAAGGAUGCUUUUAAGGGAAAGAUAUUGCCUCCUAUUCAUCCCGAAAGUGUGAGGGUGACAAUGAUAGCUAAGGAAAUAAUUGAUGCAUUGCAGAGAGGGUUGAGGAAGGAGCAGGUGUGGAAUGAUUUGGGGUAUGCAUCAGAGCAUGCUAUGCUGGUUAAAGGAGAUGGAAGGGAUACAUUAAGUGCAUUGAGUGAAGACAAGGUUGAAAGGAGUUGGGACAAGGAGGAUAAGAUUCUUGAUGACAAAUCAGUUCGACAAAGCCAGAAAAAUGGUCAGGAAAGAGGGUCACUGACUGCUACAUCACAUUUGGAUGGAUUGAAUUGGGAAAUUUUGGUGGUAAAUGAGCCAAAUAUUAAUGCCUUCUGCUUACCUGGUGGGAAGAUUGUUGUGUUCACUGGUUUGUUUGAGCAUUUUAAAAGUGAUGCUGAGAUAGCAACUAUUAUAGGACAUGAGGUUGGGCAUGCUGUGGCAAGACACAGUGCAGAGGGGAUUACAAAGAACCUGUGGUUUGCAAUUCUACAGUUGAUAAUUUAUCAACUUGUCACACCUGACAUUGUCAACACAAUGUCAUCCCUUUUCUUGCACCUACCUUUCUCCAGGCGGAUGGAAAUAGAAGCUGAUUAUAUUGGGUUGCUGUUGAUUGCAUCAGCUGGCUAUGAUCCCCAGGUGGCACCCAAAGUGUAUGAGAAGUUGGGAAAAAUUGCUGGUGAUUCUACCCUUAGGGAUUAUCUCUCUACUCAUCCUUCAGGAAUAAAAAGAGCAAAAUUGCUGGCCCAAGCUAAGAUAAUGGAAGAAGCGCUUACUAUAUAUAGAAAUGAUUCAACAAAUAAAAUAAAAAGAAAAUGUAACUAGUUGGAUUAGCCCGACAGGGUGGUGCAAGAACACUGCAGAUGCAGAUACAUGGAGUACAUAUGUAAAUAAGGUGAUUUACCAGUAUCAAUUAAAUAUUGGAAUUCUCAACUAAGCACACACUACUGCUUCUCUUUUUUUUUUUUUUUUUGUCACUGUUGAAGAAAAUUUUGUCCAUAUUCAUUUAUCAAUUAUUCUUUUCUGGAUUAUACUUAUAUAAAAAAGGAAAGAUAAAUAAUCAUAAAUGAAAUGACAAUGUGGUAAAUGAGGGAUAAAUAAUAUAUUAAAAAAUUAUAAAUGAAUUUUAAUGUAGAUGAAAAGAUUAAUUACAUCUCUUAAUUUGCAUGUUAUAAAUUUUAGCGAUGAAUAAAAAUAAUAGGAGUAACAAUUUACCUUGCCUUCAUGAUAAACAUAGGAGGCAGUGUCAUUAAUCAUUAAAAACAUGCAACAUUGGAAGGAACAAUACCAUUAUAUGUUCCAUUUCUUCCAUAGUAGCCUGUGGCAUGAAUGUCUUGAACAUAAUCUUUGACUGUGUUUACCAGGUGUUUUCCAGUGUCAUGGAUGAAUAAUUCUUGUUCUUUUGUUUGUUCCAUUGAAAUUUGAAGCCUGCACAAGUUGUUAAGGAUUUGAAUGUGUUCUCAGAUGAAUUGCCGAAGAACCAUAUGUAUAGAAUUUUACCAUUUGAAGUUUGAACAGAUCAAGAGAGGUGUAACACCAUCAGGAUUCAUAUUUACUGGCCUACAGGCUACAACCAUAAUCAAAUCCAAAUGUUUCUUGAGCACGUUUCUCUCUUGAAAUCAUUCUUUAAAUGAUUUCCUCAUGUUAAUUUUCUCGUUAGAUCACAGCCCCCCUCCCUAACAAAUAUCUGUAAUUUUUCAUUUGAACUAAGUACCUUAAGUAAUUACAUAUAAUAUAUACAUAGUUGCUUAAAUUGGGGCUUGUUGAGAGUUUCCUCACAGAUGCUUGCUGAUCUCACUGUAAAGAGUUAGAGAGAGUUGUAGUUUCUAAGAAUUAGAAUCAAGGUUAGAAAUAUGCUUUUUCUUAGUAAUUCCUGAUUUUAUGCUGCUUUAAUUUAAUUUACUGAUGACAUCUAAACUUGAAAUAUCUGAGCCUAUAUGGCAUCAUAAUUUUUGCCUUCUUGCUUGCUUCAAUAUGUGCUUGCAAUUGCAGUGACCAAAUCUUUCUUGUUUAACUUGUUUAAGUUCAAGGUCCGUGAGGCUGGCUGUUGAUAAAUGGGCUGCAAAAUUUCAUGUUAAAGAGGACAACAAUCUUUCCUUAGUUGAGCAUGAACUGGUAAAUAUGAUAUGAUUUUGCUUAUGCUUCAUAUGUAAAGUAGAUAUUGGUAUGUAUUAAAGAUUCAUUUACUCAAUAUUUUCAUUAACCCAGUGGUCUUUCAACGAAUCAUUUGGAAAUUGUCAUGAAAAUGUUUUUCCUGAACCUUGUAUCCAAUGGCCAUGCUUGGACGCACCAAUU